AUGAACACGAGGCAGACAGGUGACCAGCAGGACUCCUGCCAAGUCUGUGCCACUGUCGGCACUGAUGUCACGGACAGCGUGCGCAAGCUCUUCGAAGUGCGCUGGUCGCCCGAGAUUGUCAACUUUGGUCCCGGCUGUGGGGCGGAGGGGUCAUCAGUAGAUGGCUACUAUGUCCAGUUGCUGGACGAAUGUGGCACGGUGUUGCAGGUGGUGGGCACUGUCACCAGCAUCCAGCAAGAGGACUCUGCACCUACUCAACUGCUGGAAUGUUGCCAUGAUUCCUGGUACAUGCUUGACCUGCAAGACGUGCUGCUCGGACAGGCUAUGAUGGGCACGGCGGGCAUUGCCGGUAUUGCCAUUGUUCCCUACAAGGGCACCACGAACUACUCUGGGGCGACACUCCCCAUGAUUCAGAUGGGUUCAAGCACUUCAUCCCCGACCGUGGCUUCAACCUCCAGCCCUCUCCUCACGACCGGGGCCCCAACGCAGCCCUCCACUACAGAGGUCCCAGACACAACGACCGAGACAGUUCCCAUCGAGACCGAGAACCCCCAGGCUCGCCAGAAAGAAGCCGCGGCGGCGGCAGUAGAAGCAUUUGAGGAAGUCCGGCGGCAGCAGGCGAACCUGGCCAUCCAGGAGUUGAAGGAGCUGCUGCUCCCCAACGAGACCCUGAAGCUGGGUAGGAAAGUUACCAGCAAAGCAGUGGCAGGCAGCAACCUCACCUUCGCAGUGGUGAACACGUCGAACAUCGUGAACGACACGGAGCUUGAAGGUGAAGGCAACACGUCCGUCCUCGUGCCCGUCGGCUUAUUCCGAGAGCUUGCAAGGAGAGCGGAGGGCAUUGCCAUCUCCUUUGGAAGCCUCCCAAGCGCAACGUGGACCGCCAUGGAGGGCCUGAGCGCAGGUGAGGUGGACGGUCAGCCCGUCAAGCGCCAGCUUCGAGGCCCCCCGAUGAGCCUCUUGUUCUAUGACCUCAACGGCUCGGACCUCGACGUGGACCUGGACGAAGUCGUUGCUGUUGAUGAGGAUGAGCUCCGUCCUCCAAGUGCGGAGCCACUGGUGAUAGGGCUCGACACGGACUCGGGCAUCGUGCCCCAGGCCAGCUGUGUCCGAUGGCACGGGAAGGACUGGUCCUCCGAUGGCGCCAAGUUGAGGCUUGGGGCCUCCGGGCCAGUUUGUGAGGGUCGCCGCACGGGAAUCUUCGCCAUUUCCUGGGCGGUCUUGGCGUGCUCCAACGCGGCGCGCGUCUUCUCGGAGGAGGCGGCGCAGCGGCUCGCACAUGGGGACUGGUGGUUCAACAACGCCGCCAUGCUGGACUACGUGGCCAUCGUGGGGUGUUUCGUGGCCAUGGGCUUGGCCCACAAAGCGGAGAAAGGCCACAGGGAGAUGCUGAAAGAUCCUCAGAAUAUGGAGGUGGUCCAUGCGCUUGAGCAGCAGGAGGAGGGGGUGCGCCAGAAGGCUCGCAAGUUUGUCAGUCAGCGGGGAUGGGGUUCACGUUCACGAAGGCCGAAGAAGGAGAAGCAGAAGGAGAAGAAGAAGAAGCAGCAGGAGGAGAAACACGAGGAGGAAGAGAAGCAUGAGAAGAAGGAGGAGAACCAGAAGAAGGAGGAGGAGAAAGAUGAGAAGAAAGAGGAGGACUCGGAGACGCGACGCACAACCAAGUGUGCCGACAAGCUCAUGGGUUGGUUGGCUCACAAGGCCAUCCAGCUGCACGUGGGUGCCGACCACACGAAGCUGGCCAAAACCGAGCACCACGCCACGCGGCUGCACCACAUCACGGAGGAGACCGCUCGGGUCGUCUACAGAGGAAGCUUCGGAGCCCGAGUGUUGCUCAUCUUCCGGGCGCAGAACCAGUGGUUGGCCUUCCUUUUGCCGCGCUUCGACAUGACCUGCACCUCGGGGACGCAGCGAUGCGCCGCGGUCGCCGCGCGGCUCUUCGGUAGCUGGGCCGUCUCCGCCAUCUUCUAUGAGUCCGGCGCCAGGGAUAAGGACGCAUACGAAGACCUAGCUUGCCCCAGGAAGGACUUCAGGAAUGAUCUGACGGGCUUCGUUGUCAUCACGCUUACGGUAGCCUUGGCGAGUCGAGCCGGCAGCUCCCUUCCUGUGUCGCUGCUCCUGGGAAUAGGCAGAAACAAGCAGAGGAAUCAGCGCAAGAAGUGCCGGAGGGUGCUCUUCUGGGUCUUUGCCGGCAGCUACGUGCUGCUCUGCCAGUACAUCAUCUGCAGCUUCGCUGCCACGGUGGCCGACGAUGACAUCCUUCAGUGGCUCCUGACAAGUUUGCAGAACCUUGUGCUCGAAAUGGUCCUGCUGCCGGCCAUCCCCGCAGUGUUGGUUGCAUCCUACUUGGGCUUUCGCGAGGAGACGGCGCGGACCAAGCAGUUAAAGGCGGCCUGCCCCUGGAUGGACCACUCGAAGAAAAGCGCUCCCUCCCUGGUCGCCGGGCUCCGGCAGCGCGGCCGGGGCGGCGUGGCGGCCAUCCGCGCAGUGCUCCAUCGCUCACGCUUGGGUGGCCCGGCCAGAGCCGCUUCUGCCGAUGAUGCUGGUGGUGAGCGUGGUGGUCAUGGUGAUCAUGGUGAUCAUGGAGGGCAAGGAGGGCAGGGAGGGCAAGCAGGGCAAGAGCCGGCGGCGCUGAGCGCCAUUGUUGUGGAGGUCCCCCCAGAUGUGGUUUUGCCGAAGAUCGCCCAGGUUGCUGAGGAUGCUCCGGAGCUCCAUCACCCAGCUCUCUCGGCCAAGGCGCCGAAGAGGACGCUUCGGAUACCCAAGGCUGCUCGACAGUAUGGGCCUGCGGAAAUGUCGGCAAGCUACGCAGGUAGCACCAGUGGGGAGGUUUCAAUCACCCCGGAGGGCAUCAAGACUCCGGUGGUGGCCCCACUCGAGGUGAAGACCAAGCCUCCAGUGCCCGUGAUAGAGGAGACAGGCCCGCACAGCCAACCGGCAGACAGUCCCGUGUUCGCGCGGAGACGAGCCCAGAUCCCCGGCCGGCCGAUUAAGCUCAGAAGCCCGGCAAAGGUGAUCCCAAAAGGAAGCCAGGAGGGAGCAAGGAGGAGAAGCAGAGUAAGCAGAGCAUCUGCAACAAGGCGCGCUGAGCGAGCCUCACGUGCAGGGCGCCCAUCGGCGCGAGGAAGCCAGUAG